GCCCUUAGGGAGGUUGCUGAGGAGGUUUGUGAGGUCUUACCCACUCUGGGCAGCAUCAAGAGAGCAUGUUAGCCUGCACCAGUUGUCCUUGGGGAUGCUGAGCAAGUCCUGCGUCCGUUCACGAAGAGGAGGCAGCUGCAAGAGCCAUGGGGAUCUCGAGGGCGAGCGGCACAAAGGCACCAGCGAAGGCGAAGAGCAGCAUUAGCCGGAAACACAAGAGUGAGUUGGACAAGGGGCAGGAUGUGCCGAAGAUGCCCAGAGGAAAGGCUGUGAGGAAGGAGCUGGAGGAAACUCUGUGCACGGAUCAGGCCCCUGCCUCAAAAGGGAAGAAGAAAACACCCAAAGUCAAGGAGAAGCCACUGCAGGAAAACAUCAUCAGCAGAAGCUCUCUAAAGCAAGAGGCUGCAGAAGGCAAAGGUCCUAGCUCAACUCCGUGUGAUGGGAUCCGAGUGAAAGAGGAAGCCGUGUCUGAACCGGAGCAGCCCAAACCCACGCUCCGCCAAGGGCCGGCUCCGGGACAAGAGGGUGCCUCGAGGUCAGAGCAUGAGCCCCGGAGAGCGGGAACAGCAGCAGGACGGAGGAUCCCAGCACCCCAGAAGGUGCCGAGGCAGCGGGAGAUGAGAUGGGACGGUGCUAACGGCGAGGUGGCAUCCGUCCAUGGAGAGCCGGGGGUUUCGGGGGAGGUCGUUGCAGACGAAGCGGGUCUGGACGUGGAGGAGAGGAGAGAGGAGGAGCUGGACUCCCCUCGCCUGGAGCCGGGUGCCCGAGGCCCGAAGAGGAAACGGGGAGGAAACGGAGAAAAGCAAGAGCGAAGAAAGCGGCAGGGGAGGGGACUGAUGAGAAAAGAUGCCGAUGAGGAGGAGGACAAGUUGGAGGAAGGGGACCUGGGGACCCGAGCAGAGGAGCAGGGUGCUGGCGAGGGAAGGAACAGGGGAACGGAGCAGGGAAAAGCUGGGAGGACAACCAGGAGGUCCAGCCCCAUCCCAGGAAGGGGCAAUGGGGCUGGCGGCAGCAGGGAAAGGGCCGGUAGAGGGGAUGGGGAGAGAGGGGGCGAGGAUGGAUGGGGGGAGCAAGAUGGGGCUGACAAUGGGGGACAGGCAGGACCGAGCCGGGGGAAGAAAAGGCCGGAGAAGGUGAAGGCGGAGAAGAGCAAAAAGGUGAAAUCAGAGCGGGGGAAGAGCAGGGAGAGGGAGGAAAAGGGGGGAAGGAAAAAAGUUAAAAAGGAAAAAAUUUCAGAAGCAGAACAAAAUGUAGAAUGGGCAGAUGAGGAACAGGAGAAACAAGAAGGAGAGAGACCAGGAGGGAGUAAGGGGAGGGUUGGGAAAGGGAAGGAGAGUGAAGAUGAAAAGGGAAUCAAGCAGGAGGAGGAAGAGGAGGAUGAGCAAGGGGGCGAAGGACAGGAAACAAUCUGGAGCACGGACCUUGGGCAAGAGGUGAAAGAGGAGGGUGAUGCGGAGACAGAAGUGCCAGAGAAAGACAAAAAGCGGAAAGCUAAGGCGAAAAAGCCAAAGGAGGAAACAAAAGAGAAGGGGAAGAAGAGCAAAGAGAAGAGCAAGGAGUCAGAUGCCCCGGAGAAAACCCGGAAAAGGAAAUCCAAGGAAGAAGGAGAAGAGAAGAACAGCAAAAAAACUAAAAAGGAGGAAAAAGAGAAAGAAAAAAAGAAAGAAGAGACACAAAACAAAUGGAAAUGGUAA